AUGGAACACCAUUACCUUCCAGCACAAGGGCUUGGAGGUAAUGCAAGCAUCCCACAACAAACAAUAUCUUAUACCGGAGCUAGCAUUAGUAAUCCUGCCGAUUAUGAUACUGAUACUUUACCGCUUUUAGCGGAUAUA